ACAAAAGUUUUGCAGCUUAGAAAAGACUGAGAAAAAGAAAUUUUUCUUGGUUCUGGGGCAACAGCCGCGGCGUGCAAUGAGCGCAGUUUGGCAAAUAUGCACCAGCAGCCACAGCAAAGCAGCGCAUAAAACGAGCGAGAGCAACAACAACACAAGGGGCAAAAACUUGUGUUAACGUGAAUAAAAAUUUGCAUAAAAAAUGACAACAACAAUUAAAAUGCAAAGAAUGUACGCACUGCUGGCAACCUUGACAUUCUGUUUAAUCAGCGCGCAAUUACCGUUAGGCAUAACGGCACAUAUAACAGCGCCAUGUAAUCGCAGCCGUAAAGUCUUUACGGAGGCCUACGGUGAAAUAAGCGACGGUCCCUCUGGCUACAACUACACACAGGAUUCUCACUGCGAAUGGCUAAUCAAAGCAAAAAAUGAUAGUCAAUAUAUAACGUUAACAUUCCUAAGCAUGGGCACAGAAUGCUCCUAUGACUAUAUCUAUGUGUACGAUGGCGAUUCCUUUAACUCUACGCUGCUGGGCAGCUUCAGUGGACGCACACAGCCGCAACGGCUGGUGGCGCGCAGCGGCAGCAUGCUCAUACUAAUGUACAGCGAUACCAACUAUGUUCUGGAUGGCUUUCGUGCUUCAUAUUACAUAUCAAAUUGUUUAAACAACUGCCACAACCAUGGGAAAUGUGUCGGCCAUCAGUGCGUCUGCCAUGGAGAGUGGGUGGGUCCGGACUGCGAGGAUGAGGCGUGUCCACAGCGAUGUGGCGAGCAUCAGGGACGCGGCAAGUGUCAGAAGAGCAUUUGUCAUUGCUCCAGCGGCUAUAGCGGACGACUGUGUGACUUGAGUGAUAAUCCACAUGGCAGCAGCUGGCGUUGGCUGGCCACCGAUGCGGAGGGCAUGACACCACGUGCGGCACAUAGCGCUAUCUAUAUCGAGGAUGAGGAUGCGCUUUAUGUGUUUGGUGGCUAUGAUUUGAAUAAUGUGAUAAGCACAUUGCAGGUCUAUCGUUUUAGCACAAGCCAAUGGGAAGAUGAGUGGGGCAUACCGCUGCAGAGUCGUCGGCAUUUUUAUCAUCCGCAUAAAAUAGAUCAUACGCUGCUUAAAGCAGUGCUGCAGCAUAAGAAUGAGGAUGAAGCCAAGCUGUGGGGCUUGACGAGCGAUGUAAGCUUCUUUCGCAAUAUACUCUAUACGCUAGCGGAAUCAAAUUUGCAUCAACGUCGCACGCGCAGCUCGCUGCCACUGACUACAGUCAAUGCUAAUUCAACAGAUGAGGAAUUGACAGAGUAUUUGGAGGAUAUACUGGAGGAGGUAACCGAUCAUAAGCCACAUGGACGUUAUGGACAUGCAGCGGAGCGUGUGCCCGGCGGUUUUGUUAUCUACGGCGGCAAGCAUGCCAAUGGCAGUUUCUACAGUGAUCUCUGGCAGUACAACAACACCGAGAGUGGUGGCAAAUGGAAGCAAUUGGCUUUGAGAUCCAUAGUAAAGCCACCAGCGCUGGCCAGGCAUACGUUAACCAAUGCAGGUGCACAGCUUUAUCUAUUUGGCGGCAGCAUGGAAACGGGAGAGUUCAGCUCCGCAGUCUAUAGCAUUGCAUUGCCGCUAAGCGAGGACUCACAAUGGCAACUGGUGAAGCCACGCGGUGGCAAAUCCCUGGAUGUGCGUCUAGCAGCGCAUACAACAGUUUACUAUGGCGCUACCAAUUCUCUAAUUGUUUUUGGUGGCAUAAUGACGAGCUUAGCGCGUUUUUCCAAACUAUCCGAUCGCAUAUUUGCCUUUCAACUGGAUCAGAUGCAUUGGACGGAGAUACUGUAUCCACGCACCGCUUUGCGCGACAACAAUAUACCCAGAGAACGUGCUUUCCAUACGGCUACUAUAUCCGGCAAUUAUAUGAUUGUCUUUGGCGGCUAUACGCAUCGACACAACAAGGAUGAAAUAUGCUAUGACAACCAAAUGUAUUGGUACCACCUAAGCUGCCACAUAUGGAUCAAUCAGGUGCUCACUGCUGAGGAUAGCUUGUAUCCCAAGCCGCAGGGCGUAUUUGCUCAAGCGGCUGCAUUGCGUCGCAAUCAUACGCUGCUUAUAGUUGGCGGCUAUCAUGGCAAUGUGAAUGCGGAUUUGUUUGCCUAUGAGCUGCCGCAAGUGUUGCGCGUGGAGAGCACGCUAUAUAACCCGGAAAUGUCCUGUCGCUUGCAUGCUUCACACACCGCCUGCCUGUCCAAUCCAGAGUGUGGCUGGUGCUCCGCCGACAGCAGUUGCUAUGGACGCACCAUAGGCGCCAAUUGCACCACCAAUCUGCAAACCACACGCUGUCCCGGCAUUUGCCCAUCGCUGGGCGAUUGUCAUGCCUGCCUGGUGCAUGGCACAAAAUGGAGCAGAGGCAGCGCUGGCAGCUCUGUCACCAGCAAGCUGGGCUUGAAUGAGUGCACCUGGUGUGUGCAGAAUGCUCAGUGUCAUCAUCGAGAUGAUAACUAUGGUAUUUGUGGUGAAAGCGCCGGCUGGUGGGGCGAACAAGGCACUGAGAUACGCACGCCGGUGCUUUGCACCAUCAACGAUCGUCGCCCUGGACUAACCUACAUUAAGUACAACUAUCCGGUUAACUUUACCAUGCCGGAUUAUGUGGGUAUUGUUAAUGCCACCAUGGUGGACUUUGCUUCACCACCGCCCAGCGCUUACUUUGAGCAACGUCAGGAGGGUGAAAUGCUUGCGCGUCUGCUGGGUUUUGUGCGUCCCAGACAGCAGUGGCAUGGCGGGAGUAGCAGCAGCAACAUUAACAGCAACAACCACAAUGACUCGGCUAUACAAGUUUGCAGCAGUUACUCCCGCGCCGUGCUGCGCGCUGGUCUGGGCUUGAAUUUGGAUUUGCUUACCAAUUACACCAGUCAGAGCUCCAAUCAGUCAUACUGCAGUAAUGUGCUGCUGCCCAGCAUGGAUCAGCCGUUUCUAGUUGAUUUCCAGGCACGUCGUCGCAUAGGCCAAAACACUAUAUACAAUACUUAUCAGAAGACCAAAAUGGAGCUGCAGCAUCUGCACAAUGGACAACUGAAUGCAUUUACAUUCGAGUACUUGGAGCCAUAUUAUUCCGGCGAUUGCACGCAUUACAACAACUGUUUGCAUUGUCUAACCGAUGCCAGCUGCUCAUGGUGCUCGCUAACUGGCAAAUGCCAUUUGAAGUCGGUGAAUGAAAGCGCUGUGUGCAGGCAGCAGGAAGGCAAUUGGGCUUAUCUUAUUAGUCAGCCAAGUCAAUGCGCCAACUGCUCCAAUUAUGUUAGCUGUGAAGCUUGCGUCACCACACCCGCUGGUGGAGAAUGCGAGUGGUGGCUGGAGGAUGCGCGCUGUGGACGCGUAGGCAAAUCCAAUAGCAGCGUGCGUGCUUUAGAGCAAUGCCCACGUCCUUGUCGUGAGCGACAGGGCUGCGAUCAGUGUCUGGGCGAACGUGGACGCUGCGUUUGGUGUGAGGCAAGCGCGCAAUGCUUCAGCUUUGCUGUCUACACCAGCGAAUAUCAAUUUGGCAUGUGCCGCGAAUGGAUUGACAAGGUUACGCCCACAGCGGCGACAACAGCUGUAGCUGGUGCAGAUCCCACUGUGCGUGCGCUUCAACAAUGCAAAUCCUGUGAACGGCAUCGCAAUUGCAGCAGCUGCUUGCGCACUUUGAGCUGCGGCUGGUGCUUCGAUCGCGAUAAUCCCAUUGAUGGCAUUUGCAUGCAGGGCGACUUUAGCUACAGCGCCGGCAACUGCUCCUUGGCGCUCAACAGCAGCACGCUACACGAUGCCGAGUGGGCUUAUGCGCAGUGUCCGGAUGUGGAUGAGUGCGGCUUGGGUUUGCAUGACUGCCACAAGGAGGCCAAGUGCACCAAUACCCAGGGCAGUUAUAAUUGCCAUUGUCGUCGUGGCUAUGUGGGCGAUGGUCGCUUCAGCUGCGUGCGCACUUGCUACGAAUUUUGUCAGCAUGGCCAUUGCUCAGGUCCGCCGGAGUAUGUGUGCAAGUGUGCGCUGGGCUGGACGGGCAGUGAUUGCGGCAUUAGCUGUGGCUGUAAUAAUCAUUCCACGUGCACAGAGCGUUUGGGCAAGUGCGAUCAGUGCCAGGCGUGGACAGAAGGCGAGCGCUGCGAACGUUGUCGUCAGGGUAGCUAUGGCAAUGCUACAGCGGCUGUGGGCUGUCAUCCGUGCGAGUGCAAUGGACAUGGCAAUCAGGAUUUGGGCAUCUGCAAUGUGAAUCAUGGCGAGUGCUACUGCAAGGACAAUACACAAGGCCUCAAAUGCGACAGCUGUGCACCUGGCUAUUAUGGCGAUCCGCGUGAUGGCGGCCAGUGUUACUAUCAAUGCGAAUCGCGUGGCAUAUUGACGAGCAUCGGACGCAGCGCCAUUGGCUCAUAUCAGAGCUAUCGCUCACCGUGGGGCGCCAGCUUGGAGGUGCGUGAAUGCCUUUGGAUUCUACAGCCCAAAACGUUGCAGGCUGAGAAAUCGCUGCUGCAGCUGGAGUUCCAAUGGAGCAGUCUGGCCAUGGACUGUGAUGAGAAUGCCGUUUAUAUCUACAACAGUUUGCCGGAUUUGACGGGCGUGGCACAGCAGAACGAGCUGCUGGCUGUGGUCUGCGCACCUUACAGCGCCACCAGAAUCAUCGAAGCGCGCUCCAAUCAUGUGACCGUUUACUAUAAACAAGGCAGCGAGCAGCGACACUUUGGCUUCAAUGCGCUCUAUACAGUGAAGAACUGCGUGGCGGGCAGCUGCUCGCAUCCGCACACAUGCGAUGCCUCGCAGCGUUGUGUAUGUCCUGCCGGCUAUGUGGGCGCACGCUGUGAGGUGGAGAUCUGUCCCAGCAAUUGUCAUGCGAAGCGUGGCCAGGGCUACUGCGAUACGGAGUACGGACGCUGCAUUUGCAGCAAUGCCAGCUAUGGUGGCGCAGAUUGUGGCACAUUGGUGCAGCGGCAUCAUCUGGUGCUCACCGAGCUGUUCAAUACGCUGCUGCUGAGCGAUGCACUCGAUCAUUUGCGCAAUACGAUACCACGCUUUGGCCACACUGUGCAUGCGGAUAGACGCGGCAGCCUGUGGAUGUUUGGUGGCUAUUCGCCAGUGCAUGGUCCGCUUAAUGAUUUUCGACAAUUUGAUACGCGCAACGGCACUUGGCUGCAGGUUACAGUGGAGUCGGCUACGCCGGAAGAUCGCAUGCCGCUGGGACGUUACUUUCAUGCUGCCGACAUUUAUAUACGCAAGCAGUGCAUCUAUAUUUAUGGUGGACUCGGUUUGAAUCCCAAGCUAACGCUGCUGUCAGACUUUUGGUUGUUUUCCAUACAAAAUCAGCGCUGGAGUGAGCUGGAGCCGAGGGCAAGGGAAAAGCCACCAGCGCUGGCGGGGCAUACGCUAACGCAGCUGCGGCAUCAGGAACAGGAAGCGCUGCUGCUGCUGGGCGGACUGAGUCUGAACAAAAGCAGAUCGCUGGAGCUUUGGCUAUACUAUGUGGACAGCAAUAAAUGGAGCGUGUUGCGUGCGAGCGGCGCACGCAUUCCACAUCUAUAUGGCCAUAGCGCAGUCUAUCAUGCCGAGACACAUAGUUUGUAUGUCUUUGGUGGCUUUGCGCAGGAGCCGCAAAGUCAGUUGUAUGCAUUGGAUUUGCAGCGCAUGAGCUGGACGCAUUUGCCGAGCUUCAAUGAGGUCAACACGCCACUCAGUUUGUUGCCGCGUGCGCGUUAUUUUCAUGCAGCGGUGAGCACCUCGCACUACAUGCUUGUCUACGGCGGACGCACGCAGCCGUACAAUGGCACGGAUAUGUUAAUCGCUUAUGUCUACGCCUGCAAUCAAUGGGUGCGGCUGACCGACGAUGUUGCCCUGCUGGGCAGACUGCCUGUGGCAAGCUAUGCGGAAGCUGCAGCUGCUGAUAUAGAUACUGGUGUUGUUUAUGCUAUAGGCGGCUGGGAUGGCAGCGCUAGCUCCAGUCAUGUGACACGCAUUCAGCUGCCCGACGAUCUGUGCCAGCUUUGGAGCGAGGGCGGCAAGUCGCUAUGUCGUCAUUAUAUGGGCUGCAGCUACUGCACAGUGGAGUUAACCUACAGCAACAGUUCGUAUUGUCACACCGAAACGGGCGAGGAUUUGACAAGCUGCAACAACAUCAAUGGACCGUUUAGCACUAACAAAGGACCUGCCUGCAACUCCAAGUGGCUCGCUGCGCGCAACUGCAGCAGCUUCAAUACCUGCGGCGAUUGUCUAGCACAUUGGCCUAGUCACAGCUCGCUGCCCGCUGUGUGCAAAUGGUGCGAUGAGUGCGGCAUACGUGGACGCUGUGUGCCCACUAGUGUGAGCUGUCUACGUGGCAGCGCCUAUUGCCGCCAGGAAUCGAGCAUUGCCGAUCUGAACGAGUGUCCAUUGCCGCCUUGUUAUCAACUCAAUUGCGAGCGCUGUCUGCAGCAGCGUCCCGGCUGUCAAUGGGCGCGCAAUGAGCUGGCGCAUGUGGAGUGCAUUGCCAGCGAGCUGGUCACCCUCAAUGGCUAUCAGCUGGUGCAACAGUGUCCCGCUGCCUGCCACACCUACAGCAACUGCAGCAGCUGCCUGCAAAGCCAAUGCAAAUGGUCCACCAUGCUGAGUGUUUGCCUGGAGCCGAGUGUGCAGCCAUUGUUCUGCGCUGGCGGCGUUUGUGGCCUGGUGCUGGCGCCGCACGAGCAGGCGCGCUGUCCGGCACCUUGUCAUGUUUAUACGCAGUGCGCCAGCUGCCUGGAGCAUGCCCACUGUGGCUGGUGUGCGCGUCAGGGCUACAAUGGCGAUGGCGUCUGCACGCAGGCAGCGCUGGAGCAGCGUCAGGAGCAUCCCAGCAGCUCUACCUGUGACUUGAUCUACAAUCAAACGCGCACGGAUGCGCAGUUGACCCCCGCGGACAUUGUCAGCUGGCAUUAUGUGCAGUGCCCAGCGGAGAAUGAAUGUGAGAAUGGACAUCAUGACUGCAACGCCAUCUCCGAGCAGUGCAUUGAUUUGGACACAAAUACUCCUGGUUACAAAUGUAUUUGUGCUGAGGGCUACCGCGCUGUAGCGGAUCAGGGCUGCUUGCCCGUCUGCAAGGGCUGCGUGCGUGGCAGCUGCGUGCGUCCCAAUGUCUGCCAGUGUGACUUUGGCUAUGUGGGUGAGAAUUGCAGCAUUCAGUGCUUAUGCAAUGGCCACUCCAAUUGCGAGUCGAGCAGCCGCUUGGAUAUCUGUCUGGAGUGUCAUAAUCACACAAUGGGCGAGCAGUGUGAGAAAUGCCAGCCGCUGUUUGUGGGCGAUCCACGUGAUGGCGGCGCCUGUCAGCCUUGCUCCGACUACUGCCACGGACAUUCCGAUGUUUGCGUUGCCUACGAUUCCGAUCCGGCUGUCUUUAAUAUGACACGCUCCGAGCUGGAGCGCAUUCUGCCUGCUGGUCCCACCCACAAUGCCACCUGUCUACGUUGCGCUAAUCACACGGCUGGAGAUCGUUGCGAUAGCUGCCUUACGGGCUAUUUUCGUGGCAGCGAGGAUCUACAGCGUGCCUGCCAGCCCUGUCAGUGUCAUGGUCAUGGAAACAUCUGUGAUGCAGUCACGGGCGAGAAAUGCAAUUGUGGCAACAAUACCGAAAGCGAUGCCACCUGUACUGCUGGCGGUGGCAAGAACUCUGCUCAGCUUUGUUGGAGUGUUCAAUGCUCCAAGUGUCGCGACUCAUACGCCGGCAAUCCGACGGAUGGACAUCAGUGCUACAAACAGAUAACAGUGGAGUCGCGCAUGUGCUUCGAUGCCAAACCCAUUGAGGAAUGCAAAUCGAAGCCAGCGCCAUUGCGUCCCGGCCAAACCGUAUUCUUUGUCAUACAGCCGCGUUUCAUGAACGUGGACAUACGCAUCAUUAUAGACGUCACGCAAGGUGAACUGGAUGUGUUCAUGUCGCCGCAGGAUGACUCCUUUAUAGUGGAGACGAAUCUUACCAACGGUUAUCACGACAUCUUUCUGGACAAUCGCUACAAUUGGGGACAGAAGGGCGAGCAGCGAGACAUACCAUUGAAUAUAGCGUUGCCGCGACACGAUAAUGUCACCAUACAGAAAUUGUUUGCACCCGAACGCCGCAGCAGCAGCGCUGGAAGCAGCGGCGCCGGCAAUGGCAACAGCGCUGCCAGCAUGAGCGAGAGCAUCCUCUAUUCGCCUCAGCUGCGUAAUUGUCAUAGCAAUGGCGUGCACAGCUUUGUGGUGCACGAUCAACAUGCCAAGCGGUUGACCACACAUGUGACUUUGAAUCAAUGCAAUACGCUGCUGCGUCUGUUUGGACUCAAGGAUCGUCUGGUGUUGACGCUGCCGCAACAUGCGCAUAACUUAAGCGCCACGCGCUUCUUUAUAGCGCUGCGUGCCAGCGCUGGACCUGAGCCCAGCUAUGGCUCUGUAGUAUUUCGACAGGAUCAGCUGCACAUCGAUCUAUUUGUAUUCUUCUCUGUAUUCUUCUCCUGCUUCUUUCUCUUUCUGGCGCUGUGCGUCAUUGUGUGGAAGGUGAAGCAAGCAUCGGAUUUAAGACGUGCACGUCGACAACAUGUCGUCGAGAUGUUGCAUCUGGCCAAGCGUCCAUUUGCGCAAAUCUUUCUAGCCUCAGCCAGCUUGGACAUGGAUGGCGCCAACAGUCCACACGCUGUUGUGGCAUCCAGCACACGUGCCAUGCGUCAACGCGCGCGUCAAGCGCUGCUGAUUCAACAACAGCAACAACAACAACAGCAGCAGCAUCAGCAACAUCCACAACAAAUUGAACUACAGCCGCUGCCAGCACAACAAAUCGUCAACCUGCGCACUUUGCAACCCACUGAGAUCAUGCUGGUGGCUAUUGAGCCUACCUAUGAUAAUCUUGCCGCUGUGGGCACUGUGUUUAUUAGUCUGCCUGGACGCUCCAAGGCGCCGCUAAGCAUUGCCUUGGGCUCUACGCUCAUCACUUAUCCACGCCAGUAUCCAAACAAUUCGCGUCAUUUCUUGCGCGCCCAAAAUCAGCGACUGCAUCAAGCUUAAAAUUAUACUCCCAGAGUCCCUCCCCUAGCAAAUUAUAUAUAACCAUGCUAACCAUA